AUGGAGACCCAGACCAGGGUGAUGGAGGAGGAAGCGAAGACGUCAGAGCUGGUGGAGAUCAUCCUGGAGACGGAGGCCAGGGCCGGGGCCAGUGGGAUCAGCGUGGCCGGCGGGGGCAAGGAGGGGCUCUUUGUCUCCGACGUGCUGAGGGAGUCCCCCGCGGCCAAGGCCCUGAGCCUGAAAGAAGGUGACCAGCUCCUGAGCGCCAGGGUGUACUUUGAGAAUGUCCGAUACGAAGACGCCCUCAGGAUCCUGAAGUGCGCGGAGCCGUACAAGGUCUCCUUCUGCCUGAAACGCACCGUUCCCCGGUCGGAUGUCCCCGGGAGCCCCGCAGCCGGAGGCCUGGCAGUGAAGGGACCCCAGGCGAAGAUGGCCAAGCUGAACAUAAAGAGCCUGGUGCCCACGAGAAAGCAGAAGGGGAAGGGCCUGGCGAAGGCCCCGGAGGAGGAGGUGGCCCUGAUGGGCAGCGCGGAGCUGUCGGCGGGGAAGCUGGACGUGGCCCCUGUGGAUGUGGAAUUCUCCUUGCCCAAGUUCGCCAAGCUAAGGAAGGCGAAGAGUGCGGCCGAGACGGGAGCGGCCGGGCCCAGCCCAGACGUCUCUGUCGAGCGCUCCUCUUCGCACCCCAAGGGAAGGAGGCUCAAGUUUCCCAGGCUGAAGGUGAAGGAGGCGGCAGGCGCGCAGGCGCUGGCUGUGGCGGGGACGCUGGAAGGGGAGGCAGGUGCCCAGGGGAAGGCCCCCCAGUUCGCAGCCCCAUUCCCCAAGGUGAAAAAGCCCAAGCAGGAUGCUGGGCUUGCGGAGGUCGAACUCAAGGACCAAGUCAAGUUCAAGGCCCCCCAGGUUGAACUGGACAUUCCCAUCCCUGAUCUCAAAGCCCCCAAAGUGGCGGCUGGCGUGGAGACUCCGGAGAUCUCGGGCAAAGGGGAAGCCUUGCGGAUCAAGCUGCCGAAGUUUGGGGUGUCCACCAGGCCUGUGGAGGGGGAAAUCGAGGUAGAGGGACUGGAGGGGAAGCUGAAGGUGCCCAAAGUCCAAGUGCCCCGGGUUGGGAUUUCCCUGCCAAUGGCAGACAGGGAAGUAAAAGGGCCAGAGGAAGAGCUCAGAGCUGGCAACAAACUCCCCUCGGUGGAAAUAGCAGCCCCCAAAGUAGAGGUGGAUUUGAGCCUUCCCAAAGUGGAAGGAGCCCUGGAAGCACCAGACAUCAGCGCCAAAGGGGAGGGCGUGAAAAUCAAAAUGCCCAAGUUUGGCAUCUCUGCAGGGGAAGUGGAAGGCGCACUGAAAACGCCCGCCAUCCCGGCCCCCAAGCUCAGCACCUCUCUUCCCAGCGACAGAGGGGAGGCCGAGGGGCCAGCCGGGAGGUACAAAGCCGGCAUGAAGCUCCCCUCCCUUAACAUAGGGGUGCGGCAGGUGGACGUUGAGAUCCCCCUUCCCAGGGGGAAGGCAGACACAGAAUGGGAACCGGAGCCUGCCGAAGCCAAGCUGGAGCUCCCUGACGUGACUGUGAAGAUCCCCAAGAUCAGCCUGCCCACGCAUGGGGGCAAAGCCAAAGAAGAGGAGGUGGAGAGGGAGCUCAAGGUGCCCCAGGUGGAAGUGAAAGUGGGGAAGGCAGAGGGGGAGAGCCCUGAGUUGAAGGCAAAAGGUCCCAAGAUUAAGAUGCCGAGCUUUGGGAUCUCCCUGCGGGAACACAAGCCCGAUGUAGACACCAAAGCGAAAGAGCCUGCCGCCGAAGGGAAGAUGAAAUUCCCUGCGGUGAAGAUGCCCUCCAUCGACAUCUCUGUCCCCAAAGCUGCCGACGUGCAACUGCCCAAAGCGAAGAUGGAACCGGCUGGGCUAGCCGGUGAGGGAAGGGUGAAAGCCCCUGAUGGGGACGGUGCCGAGGGUCCCGAGUUCAAAUUCAAAAUGCCACAGGUGUCGCUUCCAAAAUUCGACCUCUCUGGCAUGGCCGGGAAAGCCGAGAGCAAGGCCCACGUGCCUUCGCCCAAAGGCCCGCAGCCGGAGGCCAACACCGGGGGCCUGGAGAUCGCGACUGGGAAGAUAAGCGUGCCCACGCUGGAUAUCUCUGUGCUGGGGAUUAAGCCGGUUGAUGUGGAGCUGCCGGAGGCCUCUUUGCGAAAGCCCAAGCUCGAGAUAGCCGUCGAGAAGCCGAAGAUUGAGGUGAGGCUGCCCUCAGGGAAAGCUGAUGGGAGGAGGCUGGAGUCUGAGGUGGAAACGGCCCAAGCCAGGCUGAGUUUCCCGUCGGUGAAGAUGCCGUCGCUGGACAUCGACAUGCCCAAGGUAGGCGUUGAUCUGGAUCUGCCAAAGGCAGAGCCUGGCUUCGAGGGGGAGCUCAGGGCAGUGGCAGGCCUGAAGGAACGUGACCUCCAGCUGCAAAAGUCCCAGGAGCCUCUCCCGAAUUUCGGGGCUGUCUGCAAGGACUUGGAGGUGGAGAUCGAUGUGCCAGCUCCCAAGGCCAAGGCUGACCGCCUCACACCACGAGCAGAGGUUGAGCUCCAGGGUGCAGCCUUGGAAGGCCCGGAUCUAAGUGGGAUGGUGGCGAAGCUCCCCAAGGUGGACAUUUCGUUUGGGAAAGAGAAGCUGGAGGGUGAGGAACUGGACAGAGCGGGACCAGAAGGGAAGGGCAAAGCAGAUAUGAAGUUCCCAAAGGUCGGACUAGAACUCAAAAGCCCCGAAGUGAAGCCCGGGAGCCUGGAGGCCACCGUGAAGCUGCCCUCCGUUGAAAUUUCAACGCCUAAGCUCCCUGACGUGGCCAUCGCGGCCCCGCUGGGGGGAACAGCUGCUGUUGACAUCAGCGGAAAACUGCCGGAGACCGAUACCAAGCUGAAAUCACCCAAGUUCUCUUUCCCCAAGUUUGGCAUCUCUGGCCCGAAGGUUAAGAAAGGAGGCCUGGAGGCUGUGACACUGCAAGCUGAGCUGGAGGUGGAAACCCUGGAAGCAAGCGCCAAAGGGCCUAAGCUGAAGAUGCCAAAAUUUGGGCUCUCGUUCUCCAGGUCGAAGCAGGGGGCUGACCUGGACGGGCCCAGGCUCUCUGCGGAGGGAGAGGGGAAGGCUCCCAAGGGGAAGGUGGAGAUCUCAGGGCCUCACAUCGGUAUGGACUCCCCCGAAGCCAAAAUGAAGCUGCCUUCAGUGAAACUUCCCAUGGUUGACAUCUCCAGCCCCAGAGUGGAUGUGGACAUUGACUUGCCCAAGGGAAAGGGGGACGUCUCGGGCCAAGAGGUCACACAGGCUGGGGAAACAUCGCCUAACAUCAGCAUGGAGAUCCCAGACAUUAAACUGAAGAUGCCCAAAUUUUCACUGCCAAAAUUUGGGGGCCAGGGCAGGGAGGAGCAGCUGGAACUGGAGCAAGAGAUGCUCAAGGGGGAAGUGAAAGGGAGCAUCGAGGCCUUGUCCGGAGAGCUAGACGGGAAAGCAAAGGGCAAGGAGGCCAAGAUGAAGAUGCCCAGGUUCAAAAUGCCAUCAUUUGGCAUUGCCAGGAAGGAUGUAGAGGUGUCUGGGCCCAGUGUGACAGCUCCUGAGAUAGACGUGAAAGGCAAGAAAGGGAAAGCAACUGCCAAAGAGCCCAACGUGGCUGCUGGGAGCCCAGAGGAGAAGCUAAAAGGCCCCUUCAUGAAGAUGCCAAAACUGACGAUCUCUUCUCACAAGGCUGACCUGAAAGUAGAAGCCGACGUGAGAGGCUCCAAAGGUGAAAGUUACAUCCAAGGCCCCGACAUAGAAAUUAAAAUGCCCCAGGUCGAGCUGCCAAAGUUUGGAACCAAAGAGGAGAAAGCCAACGUGGAGAUGUCUGAGAGACCGGAAAGCCCUGGCACCAAGCUAAAAGUGGGCACGGUUAAGAUGCCAUCACUAGAGAUCUCCGCGCCCGACCCAGUUCCUUCAUUGCAAAUCUCCGUUCCUGGUGUAAGAGCGGAAGGCGAGCCAUCGAUGGGAAAGCCGGUCAUGGACGUCUCCGAGGCUGAUAUCAAGGGCUAUGAAGGAAACUUGAAAAUCCCCAAGGCGCCUUCCAUUGGCAUCUCUGCGCCAAAGCUAGACUUGGAUAUCAGCUUGCCGAAAGCCAGUGUGGAGAUGCUGGACCAGCAGGAGGCUGGGCUGAAAAUAGAGGCCAAUGCCGCCUUUGAGAAAGCAGACACCAAAAUUAAGAUGCCCAAGGUGGAGCUGCCCAAAUAUGGGCUGGAGGGGCCGUCCCUAAAGGACCAGAAAGUAACCCUGGAGAUGGAAAGGGGCAAAUAUGCAGCUGAUGCUACCGAAGGCUCCCUGCUGGGUUCCAAGAUCCGGGUGCCCAAACUGGAUAUUUCCUUGCCCAAAGCCCGGCUGUCAGACAUAGAGGUACCUCUGACCGAGGGGGAGAUCACCAUCGAGGCACUGGAGGAAGCCGAGGGGAAAUUUAAGCUGCCGUCGGUUGGGCUACCAAAAUUUUCUACCCCGAAGGUGAAAGCUCCAGAGGUGGGAUUUGAUGUUGGCUUAAGCAGAGAUCGAGACUUUGCUCUGGACACGUCUGGGCUGCAUGGGAAGGUGCCCAAAGUCGAAGUGAGUGGCCCAAAGAUUAAGUUGCCUAAAUUCGGGGGAGCUAGUUCUGAUGACCAAUGGGAGGCAGAUAUAGACUCAUCCAAGACCCCCAAGGUGGAGCUUAACCCCCCCAAAUUCCGGGGGAGCCUCGAGACCCCAGGCAGCGAAGUGGGGGUGAAAGAGGCCAAGCUCAAAAUGCCGUCGGUUCCCAUCGGCUUCACUGUGGGCAAGGGAGAGGGGGAGAGUUCCCCCAGGACAGAGGACUCUGAGACGGACGGUUACGACAGCAAGUUCAAACUGAAGAUGCCCUCGUUCGGGAUUUCCAAAGUUAGCACAGAGGCCAAGGGGAACGAGUCCCGGAUGGACACCCAGCCCCUCUGCCCCACAGCAGAGGGAAUGGACUUCUCCUUUAAAAUGCCUCAGCUUGCCAUUCCGGACGUGGGGUUCUCGGCAGGCCCAGGGGAAGCUCCAGCUUUGGAGCGGGGGAAAGCCGAGAUGGGAGGAGACGCCAGGGUCAGGGUCGAGAAACUGGCAGGUGCUGAAGAUCUGGAGCGGGACGUGGGAGGGUUAGAGGUCAGGCUCAAGAUGCCCAAAAUCAAGAUGUCACCAUUCGGGAUUUCAGGAUCCAAAGGGGACGAGGGGAAUAUGACGGCAUCUCUCCACAGCCACAAGGGUUCAGACAGUGAACAGAUGGGGGGGAAGAAAUCCUUGUUCAAAAUGCCGGACCUGGAGAUCUCUGCCCCAAGUAUUAAGGCGCAUGCAGAGUAUGAAGUUGAGGGGGCUCAGCUUCACCACAGUGGCUCCAAAGAGCUGCCGAGAACCAGUGCCGCUGGCAUCCAAGGUGAGAAGGAUCGUAGCGUCAAGGCUCCGGGAGGGAAGGGGGACACUUCUGAAGCCGAGGCAGGGAAGAAGUAUAAAAUGAAGCUGCCCAAGUUUGGGAUCGCCCUGCCCAAAGCCACCCAGGAAGGAGGAGACGGGAACCUUUCUAGGGGGGAAAGCAAGGCCCAGGAGGCUGAAACCAAGGUGAAGAAGGCGGUAUUUGUGCUGGUGAAGCCCAAGGGGAAGGGGGCGGAAGCAUCCUCUGGGCUCUUGGAAGGAGAUGGCGAAGCUGCUGCUGGCUCCUGGGAAGGGGAUGGGGACGGCAAGGCAAAGGGGCCUACAAUAAAGCUGAAGCCCAACUUUGGGCUCUCCCUCUCCAAAUCCAAAGCUGGGGUGGAAGUCAACGGGGAGCUAGAGCCCUCGGCCAAGGAGGAAGGGGAGCUGGAGAAAGGCUCCAAGUUGAAGCUGCCCAAGCUGGGCUUCUCCAAGACUGAGGUUGCGGACCUGGGCACCAGCGGGAAGGGAUCAGCAUCUCAGCUCAACAGGGGGGAGGCGGGAGAACUUUCUCUGCAGAAUGGCUCCCAGGACAGCAAGGCGAAGCUAGGCAAGAUCAAGCUGCCCCAGGUUGAAUUCUCCUCCCCGUAUAAGGCGACGGAGAUGGACCCCGAAAUGAACCUCAAGCUAGUGAGGGCAGAGGAGGCCAAGAAUGAGGCUCACGUCAGCACCUUCAUGGCUCUCAAGGCGGCCAAGUUCAAGUCCCCCAAGAUCACGUUCUCAGGUUUCAAGAAGAAGGAAGGGGAACAAGCCGGGAACGUGGUCUCUUCGGCUGCCAGGACAGAGAUGGCCUUGUUGGAAAAGGGGGAGAGGGACCAAGAUGCCAAGCCAGAGACAUCCAAGAUCUCGCUGGGCUUCACCUCCAAGUCGAAGGGGGAAUACAAUGUGGAGAGAGGCGAGCUGGAUGGCAGAGAGAAAUCCCCUAAGUUCAAGUUCCCCAAGCUAGCCUUCAGCCCCAAAACCAGAGGAGUGCUAGAAGUCACUUCCGAGCAGCAGGAGAGAGGGGGCUCCUCCCAGGGGGAAGGAGAGAAGGGGCCGGGGGCACUGGAGGGAUUCAAGAUUCGGACGCCCAAGCUGGGUUUCUCCACUCAGAUGGAGGAGCAGAUCCCAGAGGAGGGAGGGGGCCAAGUGAAGCCAAUCAAGGGCGAGGUGAUGGUGGGGAAAUCGUCCCCCAUCUGA